AAUAUAGUACCACGCCGGCUGAGGCCACAGACCACCGCAUAAUACCACGGCACGGAAAAGCAGGCCGUGAGAAGAUUUAUCAGAGAUCAUGAGUUCGAAAUUCCGGAUAGCAGGAAACUGUGCAUGCAGAGGUUGGGCAUUGCCCAAUCAGGCCGAACGAAGCAGCCGAGUGUAUGCUUCCCAUAUAAUCGUAAUCGGCGCCGGCCUCGCCGGCCUCACAGUUUCAAUCUCACUGGCAAGAGGCGGUCACGAGGUCACGAUCCUCGAAAGCGCUCCCGAGAUCACGUACAUCGGAGCAGGUAGCAUUCAGGUAUCACCCAAUGCCUCCCGCAUCCUUCGUGAGCUGGGCGUCGAUGCGUAUAUCGAGAAAUACUGUACCGAGCCCGUAGAUCUGCGAAUGAUGAGUUGGAAAGAUGGAACUCUCCUCGUCUCAUGCCCACUCAAAGAGCCUGCCGAGAAGGAAUAUGAAUCUCCUUACUGGCACAUCCAUCGUGCUGACCUUCACCGAGGUCUGCUGGAAGUAGCCAAGGCAGCGGGCUGCAAGGUGCUUCUGAACAAUCGCGUCGUCUCAAUUGAUCCUUCUAAGCCGUCGCUUCUGACAAAGGGCGGGGUCACAUAUGAAGCAGAUCUUAUCGUGGCGUCAGACGGCCUACAUUCCGUGGCCAGAUCAGUCGUUGUGGGAGAACCUACUCCGCCAAUUCCAACGGGACAGAUGGUGUAUCGCGUAACACUUCCUGCCAAGGAGCUCCAAGGAAUUCCUGAACUGAAGGAAAUUGUCACGGUACCGCGAAAUAAUCAUUGGCUGGGACCUCAUGGGACGGUUCUGUCGUAUCUUUUAGAAGGUGUCAAUGAUACCCUGAUAAACUUUGUCUUUACGUGUGAUGCCCAGAUGCCGGAGGGGGUGAACCAGAGACCCGGGAAUAUGGCCGAGGUAAGGAGGCGGUUUCAAGAUUGGGACCCUAGAAUCGUCAAGAUACUAGAGCAUGUCGGCGAGGUUCUGGAAUGGAGGCUCUUCACACAUAGCUACCUCCAAACGUGGAGUCAUACCUCGUCGAAACUCUGUCUGAUCGGCGAUGCCGCCCAUGCAAUGACGCCCUACCUUGCCCAAGGUGCCGCAAUGGGAAUUGAAGAUUCCGCCAUCCUCGGUGGACUCCUCCAAAAGUAUCCCUCCCCCUCAGAUCUCCCUAAGACCCUCAAGUUAUACGAGACCCUGAGAAAGGAACGGGCGAACAAGGUAGCGCUCGCGAGUAUUGACUCGCGGUAUUACACGCAGAUGGAGGACGGGGAGGCACAAAGGAUAAGAGAUGCAUAUCUUCUGGCCAAUCCUGGGAUCAAGGAAGGCCAUCAGAACAUUCGGUGUAGGAAAGAAUUUUUGGAUUGGUUGUUUGGGUAUGACGCUUUUGAAGCUUUGAAAGGAUACUGACGUACAGAGUUGGGUCAAGGGCGGCGAGCCGGAUAUCUUGCCCAUCAAAGUGACCAGUUUUCCAAGCUUUGA